UGUUUCUGUGGGGGGUUCACGGCUACAAGGGUUGGAACCUUCUGCCAACGAGGAAGGGACAGCUGGAACAACACGGAUAAUAGACAGGAACAGCUUUCUUUAGCAACUUUACGGACUUCUCUUCUUUUUCCACCUAGUUUCUGUAUUUUAAGGUGAACAGGUUAAAAUGAGUUCCAUGGACUUGGAGAAGCUGAAGAUGACGGGUGCUGGUCGGGCCAUGGCGGUGCUGACCAGCGGUGGAGAUGCACAAGGCAUGAACGCUGCUGUCCGAGCUGUGACCCGAAUGGGCAUUUAUGUGGGGGCAAAGGUCUUUCUCAUUCAUGAGGGAUACCAGGGCUUGGUUGACGGUGGAGACAACAUCAAACUAGCACACUGGCACAGUGUGACCAACAUUAUCCAACUGGGUGGGACUGUCAUCGGUAGUGCCCGCUGCAAGGCCUUCACAACUCGGGAGGGCAGGAUUGCUGCUGCCUUCAACCUGGUGAAGAAAGGCAUCACCAACCUGUGUGUGUGUGGUGGAGACGGCAGCCUCACUGGAGCCAACAUCUUCCGUAAUGAGUGGAGCAGUCUGCUGGAAGAGCUUAUGCAGAAAGGAAGGAUCACAGCUGAAAUGGCUAAGCAGAACAGUCACCUGAACAUCGUUGGGCUUGUGGGCUCCAUUGACAACGAUUUCUGCGGCACUGACAUGACUAUUGGAGCUGACUCUGCCCUUCACCGUAUCAUGGAGAUAGUUGAUGCUAUCAUGACUACAGCGCAGAGCCACCAACGCACGUUUGUCCUUGAAGUCAUGGGCCGACACUGUGGGUAUUUGGCCUUGGUGACAGCACUGGCAUCUGGGGCAGACUGGCUCUUUAUACCCGAAUCUCCUCCCCAGGAGGGCUGGGAGGACCUCAUGUGUGCUCGUCUAGAGAGGAGCCGCACAAAGGGAUCAAGACUCAACAUUAUUAUUGUUGCAGAGGGGGCUAUUGAUUCAAAUGGAAAACCCAUCUCCUCAUCUUAUAUAAAAGAUCUGGUGAUAAAGAGGAUGGGCUAUGACACCAGAGUGACAGUGCUCGGCCAUGUUCAGCGAGGAGGGACCCCCUCAGCAUUUGACAGAGUACUGAGCAGUAAGUUGGGUGUGGAGGCAGUGGUUGCCCUGAUGGAGGCUUCCCCUGACACCCCAGCCUGUGUUAUUGGCCUGUCAGGCAACCAUGCAGUCCGUCUGCCUCUAAUGGAGUGUGUGGACAUGACUAAGCUGGUGCAAAAGGCCAUGAAUGAAAAGAGGUUCGAUGAGGCUCUUACACUGCGUGGAGGGAGUUUUGAGAACAACUGGAACAUCUACAAGCUUCUUGCUAUCCAAAAGCCUGCCCAGGCUGCAAGCAAUUUCUCUCUGGCUAUCUUGAAUGUGGGGGCUCCAGCUGCAGGGAUGAAUGCAGCGGUGAGGUCAGCUGUAAGGGUAGCACUCGCUCAUGGACACAAGGUCUAUGCUGUCCACGAUGGGUUUCAAGGGCUUGCUAAUGGAGAGGUGUUCGAGAUGAAAUGGCAUAAUGUGGCUGGUUGGACAGGCCAAGGGGGCUCACUGCUGGGGACUAAACGAACCCUACCAAAUAAAGACAUGGCUAAGAUUGUGGAGAACAUAAUCAAGUUCAACAUCUCAGCUUUGCUUGUGAUCGGAGGGUUUGAGGGGUAUGAAGGUGUGCUGCAGCUGUAUGAAGCACGGACACACUAUGAUGAGCUCUGCAUCCCCAUGUGUGUUGUCCCAGCUACCAUCAGCAACAACGUCCCUGGAACUGACUUCAGCCUGGGAGCAGACACUGCUGUCAAUGCUGCUAUGGAGAGCUGUGACAAAAUCAAGCAGUCUGCCUCUGGGACCAAGAGACGAGUGUUUGUGGUAGAGACUAUGGGAGGUUAUUGUGGCUAUCUGGCUACCACCACUGGUAUUGCUGUAGGUGCUGAUGCUGCCUACAUAUAUGAAGAGCCAUUUAACAUUCAUGACCUCAAGACCAAUGUGGAUCAUUUAAGUGAAAAGAUGAAGAAGGACAUCCAGCGAGGUCUUGUACUGAGGAAUGAAAAAUGCCAUGAAAACUACACUACAGAUUUCAUCUAUAGGCUGUAUACAGCAGAAGGGAAGGACGUCUUUGACUGCAGAGUCAAUGUGUUGGGACACCUCCAGCAGGGAGGGACACCUUCUCCCUUUGAUCGAAAUUUUGGCACUAAGCUGGGUGUCAAGGCUACCCAGUGGCUUUCAGAGCAGUUAAAGGAAAACUACAGACAAGGCCGUGUGUUUGCCAACGCUCCAAAUACAGCAUGUGUGCUUGGCCUUAACAGAAAGAUUCCUUUGUUUAUCCCUGUCACUGAGCUGAAGGACAUGACUGAUUUUGAGCACAGGAUGCCCAAAGUCCAGUGGUGGUUAAAUCUGCGGCCAAUGCUGAAAAUGUUGGCCAGGUACCAGACCAGCUUCUGUGAAUACAUCCCUGGAGAGAUCACACAUGUGACUCGACGUUCCAUCAGCAUUGACACUGGAUACUAGGCACUCCCAAGCAAAAGUGCUCAAUGCACUUUUUAAACCCUUAUCUCUCCAUCCUUUGUUUCUAUGAUGGUGUAAAGGGAAUAUUUUCCUAUCAUAAUUCAAGAGCUUUGUCUUUCAGAGUUCUACCUCAAAACGUUGCACUGAGAUUGUAGAUUGCUCUGCUCAAAACUGCAGAUCUGCUGCCAGAUGUAUUUCUGGUUGUACAGACUUCCUGUGCUCCAGGUUAACCCCUCCUCCACUCUACUUGCUUUGGCUUGCACUGGAAACUUGUGCUUUCAAACCUCUUUUAUAUUCUCAGGUUAUUGUUUAAGAGGGUUUUUUUAAAGUAAGCACCAAUGUAUUACAGCAAACGCCCUGAGGAGGGGUUCAUGUUUUGAUUCAUGGCCUUGAGCUGCACGUUGUUCCCACCCAAAUUGAAAGACUGUGCUCUUUAGUAAAGAUAGGAAUAUACCUCUAUGUUAAAAUACUUCAUGAACUCAGUAUGUCUUUAGUGUCAUAGUAGCUAUAGUAGAUUAAAUAAUGAAAAAGUGCUAUUCAGAUAUUCAUUUAUUGGUUGAAACAUUCAAGACUGAGAAUAUAUUAGUAUUACUUGUGCCAGGUGCACUUGAUGCUUUCUACACCCAAAAUGCUGCUUUAAACAGAUGGGCAGAUGUGCCAUGAGACCAUGCUUUCCAACUACUGAAUAUACUACACAACAGAUGAAUGUAUAUGGUGUGGUAUGGUUUGAUUUUAAAGUUAUACAAAUAGAAUAAGACUGAUUUUGAGCCAGAAAUAAUAUAUGAGGAACUGUCUUUAAAAAAAAAAAUCUUUUCUGGUCA